AUCUUGUGUACACCACACUUGUUUCUAAUUUCAAAGUAAUAGGUUCUAAGUAAGAAAAAUUCUUCCAAUAUGGCUUGUUUUAAGAGUGCCAUAGUUUUGUUUUUUCUAGUGAGUUUAGUGGGAAGUUCCUCAGCGCAACUCACCACUGGAUUUUACUCAAAAUCAUGUCCUAAGCUCUAUGAAACUGUGAAAUCUGUGGUGAACUCUGCUAUUCAGAAGGAAACCCGAAUGGGUGCUUCCCUCCUUCGCCUAUUCUUCCACGAUUGCUUCGUUAAUGGAUGCGAUGGAUCAUUGUUCCUGGAUGAUACAUCAACCUUCACAGGGGAAAAGAGGGCACAGCCAAAUUUCAAUUCGGCCAGAGGAUUUGAAGUUAUUGACAACAUCAAAUCUGCUGUCGAAAAAGUGUGCCCUGGUGUCGUCUCUUGUGCUGAUAUUUUAGCCGUUACCGCCCGAGACUCUGUUGUCAUCCUUGGAGGACCUAAUUGGGAUGUCAAAUUGGGAAGAAGAGAUGCCAGAACAGCAAGCCAAGGUGCUGCCAAUAACAGCAUUCCUACCCCAACUUCUAACCUUAACCGUCUCAUCUCUAGCUUCAGUGCUGUUGGCCUUUCUACAAAGGAUAUGGUUGCCUUAUCUGGAGCUCAUACUAUCGGACAAGCAAGGUGCACAAGUUUCAGGGGACGCAUAUACAACGAGACCAAAAACAUGGACGCAUCACUAGCGCGAACUAGGCAAAAUAAUUGCCCGAGAGCCUCAGGAUCAGGGGACAACAAUUUGGCACCUCUUGAUUUACUGACUCCUACGCGCUUCGACAAUCACUAUUUCAUAAACCUUGUUAACAAAAAGGGACUGCUCCAUUCUGAUCAGCAGCUUUUCAAUGGAGGAUCCGUCGAUUCAAUUGUCAAAUCAUACAGUAACAAUCCCAGCAGUUUCAUCUCUGAUUUUGUGACCGCGAUGAUUAAGAUGGGUGAUAUCCGUCCCCUCACUGGUUCUAACGGAGAGAUCAGGAAGAACUGCAGGAGAAUCAACUAAUUUUGCUUAAUUUCAACUGUGUUUGGAGAUUGCUAUUUUGAAUUUUGAAUUUGUACUUGUUUUGUUGCUUGAUUUGUAGGCUCAAUGGCUGUUACCUACCCGUAACAGCUUCAAGUGCCACUAAUUUGUAUCGUAUUUGAGUUUUAUAUAUAAUA